AUGACGAGACCAGCUCUUCUCUUCCUGCCGCUACUCCUCCUCCAACCCGCCCACGCGCUGCCCGUCUGGCUGCGUCUAAGCUGGCCCUGGUCGCCGACGACGCCUGACAACAGCACACUCCCCUCGCAGCCGCAACCAACUCCAGAGAUCGCCCGCCGACGCGGACAGCCCGCCGAUGGCUUCGACUUUCCGCACCGGCGAGGCUUCCCCUCGACCGGCUUCGUCGCCCUCGGCGACUCGUACUCUGCCGGCAUCGGCACCGGCCUCAACGGCUCCGAAGUCGACUGCCGGCUCGGCAGCCACGCCUAUCCCGUCCUCAUCCGCAACGACAUGAUGUCUGCCCAGAGCGACCCCGACCGCAACGCCACCUCCAGCUUCCAGCACCUGUCGUGCACGGGGUCCACCAUUGACGACGUCCUCGCCGGCGGCGCCCGCUCCCAGAUUGACCUCUUCAACACCACCGACUCGGCCGACUUUGCCCUCCUCUCCAUCGGCGGCAACGACCUGGGCUUCUUUGACAUUAUGAACAGCUGCAUCUUCCGCUUCUACUCCUUCUACUCGGGCACCUGCGAGGCCGCGCUGCAGCGCUCCGAGCAGCAGAUUGCCGGCCCCGAGUUUGACCAGCGCCUGCGCCUGCUCAUCAUGGAGAUCCUCGACCGCGUGCACUGGGAGAAGCGGCCCUGGUUCACUAUUACCGUCACCGGCUACGCCCGCUUCUUCAAUGCCGACACGGACGAGUGCGACGACUACUCGCUCGGCAUGUGGUGGCGCGGGCCGAAGCUCAAGCGGGACCUGCGCCGGAAGAUGAACCGCAUGGUCGUCCGCGUGAACCGGCGCAUCGAGCAGGCCGUCCGUGUCAUCAACGGCGCGUUUACGGAGCCGAGGGUCCUGUUUGUCGACUACGACGACGCGUUUGAGGGGCAUCGCUUUUGCGAGCCCCAGGUGGUUGAGCCGGACUACCUGCGCAACGAGACCUGGUUCUUCCUGGUUGGGGGCCAGGACAAUGACGGCUCGACCAUGCCUCAUGUGCCGCUGCCUCCGAACUCGACCCUUGAAGAUCCGUGGCAGCUGCUGCAGGGUGGCGAGGCGGCUGCGCUGAACUCCAUGUGGUAUGUUCCUACAUAUUACGGCAAGACCUUUCAUCCGCGGACAAAGGGCCACAUGGCUAUCCGCGACCGAGUCUACCAGACUUGGCGAGAAACCGACAUUUUAGCUACGCAACCAUCAUUUGAAGAAUUAUAA